GCGCGGCGGCGGUCACGUGAUCCCGACGGGAACCGCGAUGGCGGCGGAGUGGCUGCUGCUGGCGCUGUGGCUGGCGCUGCCCCCCGAGCGCCCCCUGGCGGCCGAGCCCCGCAAGGUGCAGAUCGGGGUGCGGCGGCGCCCGGAGCGCUGCGGGGAGAGGUCGCGGAGAGGGGACGUGCUGACCCUGCAUUACACGGGCACGCUGGAGGACGGGACCCCCUUUGACAGCAGCCUGAGCCGGGAGCAGCCGUUCGUGUUCUCACUGGGGACAGGACAGGUCAUCAAGGGCUGGGACCAGGGCCUGCUGGGGUGA